AUGGCACCAAACAAGGACAAUGACGACGGAAUCGAGUUCUCCAAGCUCGAGGCUGGGUUCGCCGAGAUCGAAAUUAAACCCCGACGAAUCUCAGUAGACGUCCAGGAGCCUUGGAGACACGCAAACAAGUCGGACCUCACAGCAGACGAUCUCGAUUUCAACUACAACGUAAACACUGACAGUCUACCACCGAUCCAUCACCUGUCCAUGCAAGAUGUCCUCCCAGCACUGCAGUAUAGCGCCCAUCUGGCGAAUCCGAACAACUUUGCGGAACAAACAAUGGUUGAGUGUUUCGACCAAACAGAGAAACUCGCCGUUUUUCGUACACUGGAUGAUGUCGGCCUGGAUCAAAUAUUAGAUACGGUUCCGAAGCAGGAUGCAAUACCGACCGCGGAAGCCAAUCCCAGUGGGAGGCUGCUGGUGUUCUUCGUGCCCUUGACGGCCAAAAAAGCCAGCUCUUUUGGCUACCAAGCGGCAAUGACAUCUUCAAGUGUCCAAAACCUUUUCAAGAAACUCGGGGCGAACCCAGAAUUCCUCCACAACACGCUGGGCCGGCCCGACUACUGGUCGCCUCGAACUCGUUGGCGGUGCAACAUGAGAGAUGAGUUGACGGUGUGCGAUUAUUUCUGCCAACAUCCCCGAUGGAACCUGCAGGUUCAAGGCGCUCCGCUCUCCGUAUAUGUCAUCCGCCAUGUGCAAACAAAUCUCACGGCGUACAUCAUUUCUCACAAACUAGGAGACAGCAGCGUCUAUGCUCUGCAGCAACUGCUAAAAGUUGGGGUCGACAUGUUGGGUGAGUCGAAGCCUGCCUCGAUCCAACUCACCAACCCUUUCGAAAUAGCAGUCCUGCUAUCUUCGCUGUCGUUCGAAGCAUCCAAAUUUCAUGUGGCACGAUUUCGACGCUACAUGUGGGCUCAGGUUAAUAAAGUCGACGAUCACCUAGCCGGGAUGGCGGCCAGCGACCGAGACCGCCUCACAGAACUCACAAAGUCUCUGCAAAUCAUUUCACAGCAAGCAGAUUCUCACCUGCUCAAUGCCGACGUGGCCAUCAUCACGGCCAAGGGCGUCCGCGACACGCAGGCCAAGCUGCAUGACUACCUUUCGACGCCGAAACUAUUCCGGCAGCCCGCUGAGGAUUCCAUCAACUACGUGAUUAGUUCGAUGGAGAAGCAAAAAAUGCUCUUCCUCAACUACAAGAGCCGCAAGGACGGCACCAUGAGUCUGGUGUACAACCUGGUCACGCAGAGCGACGCGGCGAACAACAUCGAGCUGGGUAAAAGCAUGAAGAGCGAUAGUACAAGCAUGAGCGCCAUUGCCACACUGACGAUGCUCUUUCUGCCUGGCACGUUUACUUCGAGCGUGCUCAGUGCCGGCAUCUUUUCUGCUAGAGCGGACUCGAUGGGUAUUUCCACGUCUAAUUUAUGGUGGCUCUGGGUCUCGCUCACUCUGCCUCUGACACUUGCUGUGUUUGUUGCCCGGUGGGUGUAUAGACGCAAGUCUGAGCGCAUUGAGAAAAAUCCCUCUCAAGACGACACAAAACGUAAAAUCCUGGCUUUUUGGUCGAGAGAGGCUGCGUCGGAGAAAACCGUGGCUUAA